AUGUUUCAUAUAGGUGGAAUGGAUACUUUUGAAGGUGUAUCCGAAAGUGCUGAAGGUGGAGUUGGAGUUGGAGAAGUUAGAAACAAUGUGGUUGAUUCAGAUCCAUCAAACAACAACAAUGCAGUUGUAACUCAGACUGGUAAGCGGCGUAGAAAACUCACAUCAGCGGUAUGGACUCAAUUUGAAAUUCUUCCUAUAGAUGAAAAUAAUGAGCAAAGAGCAAAGUGUAUGAAAUGUGGUCAAAAAUAUUUGUGUGAUAGUAGAUAUGGUACUGGGAAUUUGAAGCGUCAUAUUGAAUCUUGUGUGAAAACUGAUACUCGUGAUUUAGGCCAGUUAUUAUUAUCUAAAUCUGAUGGGGCUAUCUUAACAAGGUCUUCCAAGUUCGAUCCUAUGAAGUUUCGUGAAUUAUUAGUGAUGGCAAUUAUCAUGCAAGACCUACCCUUUCAGUUUGUUGAGUAUGCUGGAAUUAGGCAACUGUUUAAUUAUGUUUGUGCUGAUAUUAAAUUGGUAUCUCAUAAUACUGCAAAGGCUGAUGUGUUGAGUCUUUAUAAUAGAGAAAAAGCUAAGCUUAAGGAAAUUUUGGGUUCAGUUCCUGGAAGAGUUUGUUUGACAUCUGAUUUAUGGACGUCUAUAACCACAGAUGUGCAAGAUGGGUUGAAACACAUUGAUGAUUCUGUGGGGAAAAUUAGGGAAAGCAUUAAGUAUGUUAGAGGUUCACAAGGGAGGAAACAGAAAUUCCUAGAUUGUGCUGCACAAUUGAGUGAUUCUAAUUACAAACAUUCUCUUUCUCAAGAUGAGUGGGGAAAAUUGGAAAAACUUAGCAAGUUUCUUAAGGUGUUUUAUGAUGUGACUUGUUUGUUUUCUGGAACUAAAUACCCAACAGCAAAUCUGUAUUUUCCUCAAGUUUUUGUGGUAGAAGAUACUUUGAGAAAGGCAAAGGUUGAUUCAGAUAGUUUCAUGAAAUCUAUGGCAACUCAAAUGAUGGAAAAGUUCGAUAAGUAUUGGAAAGAGUAUAGUUUGAUCCUUGCAGUUGCUGUAAUAUUGGAUCCUAGAUACAAAAUUCAGUUUGUGGAAUUUUGUUAUAAAAGGUUGUAUGGUUACAACUCCGAAGAAAUGACUAAAGUUCGUGAUAUGUUGUUUUCUCUCUUUGAUUUAUAUUUUCGGAUAUAUUCUUCUUCUGAAUCUGUUUCUGGUACUUCAAGUGCCUCAAAUGGUGCUCGUUCUCAUGUUGAUGACAUGGUUUCUAAAGAAUGCUUGGAUGUUAUGAAGGAAUUUGAUAACUUUGAAAGUGAAGAGUUUACCACUUCUGCCCAAAAGACUCAGUUACAAUUGUAUUUGGAUGAGCCCAAAAUUGAUAGGAAGACAAAGUUGAAUGUUCUUGAUUUUUGGAAAGUGAACCAAUUUCGAUAUCCUGAACUAUCAAUUUUGGCACGUGAUUUAUUGUAUAUUCCAAUAUCCACAGUUGCAUCUGAGUCAGCAUUUAGUGUUGGUGGUAGAGUGCUUGAUCAAUAUCGUAGUGCUCUUAAGCCUGAAAAUGUUGAGGCACUAGUUUGUACGCGUGAUUGGAUAUUUGGCGAAGACAAUUGUACUUUAGCACCCAACCUAGAAGAAUUGACUGAGGAUAUUAGCAAGAUGGAAAUAAAUGCUACAGAUUCUGCAGAGGGCUCUAAUACAGUCAUUGUUGGUGGACAGAGUUGA